UCCGUUCCAGCCCUGUGUCGACCCUUAUCAUCAUUAAUCGGUCUCUUAUUGCUUUAAAUUAAAUAUCUUGUCGAGUGAUGACUUGCCUGAAUAUUUACAGGAGAGGAACAGUGACUACCAUAUGGUCGUCUCUUAAAAGCGGAUCAUUCUGACCAACCUCCUGACGGGGACAAGCAGCGGAUAGUCAAGGAGAGAAACUUGGAACUAGCCUGUGACUUUAUCAUUUAAAGUAUUUAAAUAAUUCAAGAGUGUUUUUUUUAAUUCGCCUUUUUUAAGUUCUCAAGUAACUAUAAGGCAAUAAACGUAUCUAAGGCCAAAGUUGAAUUAAUUUUCUUACCUAGUUCUUGUACCUGCCAAGAUACCAUUUCCUUCUUAAGGCAGACAUUGAAAUCAUUCAGCAACAAGCAGCAGAGCCGAGGUCGACUUUCACGUAGAUCGUCCAAUAUUAGGUAUGUCCACACAGCGGGAAGGAAGUACGACUCCGCCCCCUGCCCCUGACGUCACAGCUGAUCCAAGAGCUCCAAAACAAGAUCCUCCGACACCUCCACCUUCUAUUGCACCAAACGGUCCUGAAAUGAUCAUCUCCAAAGCAAACCAGGCUCUCAAAGGAGCUAGAAAUAAUGAGGUCCGAUCUGUUGUAUUGUAUGGGGUACCUAUAGUAGCACUAGUUAUUGACGGUCAAGAAAGACUUUGUCUGGCCCAGAUUUCCAAUACUCUCUUGAAGGACUUCAGUUAUAACGAAAUUCACAAUCGACGAGUGGCAUUGGGCAUCACGUGUGUUCAGUGCACUCCUGUCCAGCUGGAGUUGUUACGUCGUGCCGGGGCCAUGCCGGUAUCGUCUCGACGCUGCGGCAUGAUUUCCAAAAGAGAAGCUGAAAGGCUGUGCAAAUCUUUCCUGGUAGAUGUUGCACCCCCUAAGCUCCCAGACAACUUUGCUUUUGACAUUUACCAUCAAUGCGCUUGGGGCUGUCGAGGAAACUUCGUGCCCUCGCGCUAUAACAGCUCCCGUGCCAAAUGCAUUAAGUGUGCUUACUGCAGCCUGUUCUUCUCUCCCAACAAAUUUGUCUUCCACUCCCAUCGCUUCUCGGACUCCAAGUACGUCCAGCCGGACGCCGCCAACUUUAACUCUUGGCGAAGGCAUAUCAAGCUAAGUGGGACGCCACCAGAUGAAGUAGUCCAUGCGUGGGAAGACGUGAAAGCCAUGUUUAAUGGCGGAAGUAGAAAGCGUGUCAUGGCUUCUUCGGUAGCUAGUUCCUCCAGGAACCACGAAACGAAACGUCCGCGUUUCUCUGGUCCUCCUCCUGAUAAGCACGGCUCCUCACUCAGCCCUCCUAUUGACGGUUCCAAAUCUCCAUAUCUACCAGUUGUUCCUUUUCCUAACAAGGGUUACCAUGUUCCAUCAGCACCCCCAUUUGUUGCACCUUCUCCACCUUUCUACUUCACAGCCGGUAAACCGUUCUCUGCCUCUGAUAUUAGACAGUGUUUUGCUGAAUACAUGUGGGCUGGGAAGCAAUCUUUUCCGCUACCCUACGGACCCAUGUUCUGGCCCCGAGGUUCUAGUACCUCUUCCAUGGAUUACAGGGAAAAUGUUGUUGAAAAUGGAAUACCACGCUCUUUGUCUUUGAAUACCCAAACUCCUUUUCUUUCUUCAACUUCAGAUAUAGAUGUUAGAAAACAACAGUUUGAAGUGGAGCCAAGACAAUCUCAGGUAAAAAGUCCAGAAAACACCUACCCUCGUACAUCAGCGUUUCGACCUGUGAGUAAGACAGGGAAUCGACCGUUUCAGAUGGAGCCACCGCUAUGUGACACCACUGCUGACACAACAACAACUUGUGGAGAAAUAUCUGACACAUACAGGUCUGAGUCUCGAGGGUCAGCUUCACUGGAAGUAGAUGUCACAGAUAUGUCUAGCAAUGACGGCGUUUCUGAGUCCAGUCUUGACCACCAUGGAAACGCCAUUUCUCAUGUUACCUUGCAGCCUGUGGAUGAAGUAACGCCCUCUGUUGCUGACACCAGUGUAACUUCAGUUAUGGAACAAAGCCACUUCGGGAUAUCUUGCUGUGUCCACGGAGGAGAAUCGAACCCUGAUUUUAGCGUUGUAAAUCCGAAGACUUGCUGCUGCCCCACCGGGGGACCCAAAUAAACGGAAAUUUUGAAUUAUAAAGAUGGAACUACUGCCUACAUUUUAGAUUAAAAUAUAACCUCCUGAGUUUAAAAGUUUACAUAGAAAAUAUCUUUUUGCUGAGUUAUAUAUAUAUGGGAAACAAAAUCAAAAUUUUAACAGAAAUCAUGG